AUGCCGGGGAGGAAGCAGGCGAGCUCGGACCAGCAGCAAACACCCCAGUGGUGUCGAGCUCUCCGGAGCGCCGCGGAUUCCAGGAAUGUGGAUAUCGCCCUUCAUCUUGCGGCCAUGAGGAUGGGAGGGUACCUGCCGUCGAGAACGAGGAUCCCCGACUGUAUCGAUGACGCUCUGAAGACCAGCUUCGUUCAGCAUCGACCGAAUCGUACGAGUAAGGUUGUCAUGCGCCGUGGGAAGCUUGGAGGAUCGGCGUUUUCAGGUCUGGAGAUGAUGUGCAGCAACGGAGGGAUCGAGCUCGCGCUGACAUCCAUCACAUUCCGUCGGACACUGGCAGAUCGGCAUGCCAUGGAGAUAGCAGUCGAGCAUCUGAGCAUAGCGGUGCGGGAAGGCCUUGAGGGGGUAGUAGCGAAGAUGGUAGACUGCAAGACCCUAUCCUGCGACUGGAGCGAGAGUGUCCUGCGGCGUCAUAGGAUUUACUGGCAGAAGCGCAGCGCGAGCAUGCACAUGGCGAGGGAAGACGCGCAUGACAAGGUUAGUGGAUUUACUGGCAGAAGGGGGAGGAAUGAAGUGCUCAUGAGACGAGUCGACGAGAGCGCGCAAACCAGGAAUGUAGGGUCUGAGCAGUACGAGGGCUUGAUGGCGGACGUGACGUUGGUCCACCCUUACAUUGGUAGCUCUGCCGACCUGAUAGAUGGAUUUACUGGCAGAAGCGCACAGCGAGAAGCUGCACAAUCACACACAAAACACAAGCCCGAAAAGAACCAGCACUGCUGGCACCCAGACGCGGCAGCGCCAGCCCAAGCGCGAAGCCGCGCAGACAAGCAGCCUAAGGGUCAAGCAAUCAAGCAACAAGCAGCAGGAGCAUGCAGGAGGAAGAAAAUCCCUUAG